UAACAUCACGAAUUGCUUCAAUACUUCACGUUUUCCCGUAGUAUGCAUACUUACUUUAUGCUGCCACGUCUGACUAAGGGCCAAAAAUACAACACGCAAUGAUCUUACUUGUUUUACCAGCUACCCGAUGACUAUUCCAACUGCUCACGUCGUGAUAUCUUAGUUUUGGCUGAAUACUACCUAAUAUUAUGACCAAAUUCUUUGCCUCUAUGGAACUCUCGCUCAUUGGAGUGGGUUAUAGAAGAGAGGAAUUAACUUAAUAACGAUCUUGAUUUCCGAGCACAUUUCUAUUCGAAGACAUACAACAUUUCUCACUUUCGACCAUUAGUUAUCCUCUACUUAGUUAUCCUCUACCUAACGAAUAAAAGCAACAUCCUAACUAUACUGACUAUAAGCCCUCACAUCGUCUUUCCCCCUCUGACAUCUUAAAGAUCGAUAACGGAGCACGAUGUCCUCCCACGACGGUUCCUCGACCGACUCUUCCACAUCCACCAACGAAAGCCAAAGCCAAAGCGGCAACACUUCAUCUAAUACCGGGUAUGGAAAUAGUAACACCUUUCAUGACUCCGCGGGAGAUGCUGACGAUGAGCAAUCGUCGUCCUCGUCGUCUUCCGAUAACAACGAGAUACUUUCUAACGACGACAGUCAAUGCUAUAGUACGUACAACUCCCCGAAACCCGACGAGGCGACCGGAGAGAUCAUCCAAUGCGCCGAAUGCCACUGCUGCCUGCGCGAAGGCCAGAGCCACACUUGCGAGCCGGAAGAGAAGGAUAAGUGUGCGAAAGCCUGAUUACAGGUACCUGUAGAGGUAUAUUGGUUUCCCUUUCGCGAUGAGCUAUAGAUAGGAAUCAAUGGGUCCAUAUACUGUUAAUAGGUGCCUGCCUGGUAUGGGAAGGUCAUCAGCUGGUCCGACUUCUGAACUGUUGAACAGGUAAUACCGCAAAUAGGUAAUAAAUCAUUAUAUCACUC